AAUAAAAAACAACUUUAAUAACUUUUAAUAGCAUUCGGCUAAACGCAAAUUAUUGCAGCGUUGUCAAGGAAACAAGAAAAACAACAUUGAACCAACACAAAAAUUGAAGUCGAAACCACAAUUUUCCUUCCGGUGCAGUAUUUGCCAAAAAGGAUACGUUUAAUUCUGGCCCAAAUCUGUGUACUAUUCUCCGGAUGCCGCACAACACACGCGGCACCACGCCUUUGGCCAACAGAUUAAACUCUAACUCUGGCAAGUGAACCAAUACUUUCGCACAAUACGGCCUUAAAAUACGCCUUAUAACCAUUUUCAAAACAUAAAACAUCACUACAUUGCUCUAUUGGAUGCUAUAGACAUUUGGGAGCGUAAGAUGCUGUUAUCAUGUGAUGUUGCAUCGGGUGUAUGAAAUAUCAACAAGCAGGAUGUAAACUUCAAAGAGAAACUACCAAAUAAUUUGAACAAACAGUUGCCUUCAUUUAUGUAAACUAAGAUCUAGUCAAGCGUAUUUUUAGCCACCAAAUACCACAAAAUAGCGCUCAAGAACACAGCACCUAGAAUAAUCAUUUAUAUACACCCAUAAAAACUUUAUACACACACUUUAUAGAUGUAAUACUAUACGAAAAUAGUAAAAAUACAUAAAGACAAAAAAAGUUGUAGAAAAUAAUUAACCAAAAACUAAGCGCAAGGAAGAAAAAACAUCGAAACCCCAAACACGAGUGCGUGUUGUUAGCAGAUUUAUUAUGAGCACACGACUUGCAACGCAGCGAAAUUUUAUACUUUCAACAACUGGGAAUGUGACGUCAAAUACUGUCGAUGCCACUGCAGCCGCAAACGCCGCCGUCAACACGAAUGUGGACGAUGUCAAUGUUGCAACGGUGAACGUAUUGACGACACGUGACAUCAAACAUGAGGAAAUCGCCACCGAAAUCGCAAAUGCUUGCUCAUCCUCGUCGAAUGACGACCACUUCGAGUACAUCGAUACGGCGGUGGACGUUGUGGCCGCAGCCAAUAUGGAGGAUGUCAUCACACAGCAAAACAAACUGGUGGGCAAUGAGCAGAAUGAAGCUGUGGCUCUCAUCAGCGUUGUGGUGCCGAUGGAUGCGUCCGAUUCAACUGGCAGUGAGACGCAUGUCAAUAUGUCAGAUUUAAGUGCAAUUAAAGACAGCGCCGAUUUGUCGCAACAUGUGGCCAACGGUCAGGUGACUCUAGUGCAGGCGCAGACAGCGGACGGUGACGAGGGCCAACCACAAUUCAUUACCGUUACAGUUUCUGCGCAGGAUGCUGGCCAGAACUAUCAAGUGCAAUAUGUGGAUACAGAGUUGUAUCACGGCAAUUCCAGCCAAACUCAAAUGACGUACCCCUUUUGUCCAGUUGGCGACUAUCAAACGAAUGGCCAGACAUACUACUCCACGGCGGCAAGUAGCAAUUAUGCAACCGCAUCGGUUGCGAACGCGCCGGCCACACACGCUUCAACGCUGCCGUACCUGGUGCCGGUGGAGGAGGGAUUAUUGCUGAACACUUCGUCGCAAUCGCAUAGUCGAGACUCGCCGCAGAGCUUAACGGAAGUGGCUUACAUACAGGAGGCGCAGAGCACACCGCAAACGCCCACUUCCACCACAACAACAAACUCGGUGAGUGGCGGUAGCAUUGGCACAGGCGGCGGAGGUGCAUCACCGGACAGCGAACAAAAUGGACUCGGCACCUCGAACAAAGUAGCUUCAGCCACGAUCAAGUGGUUGUCACGCAACUACGAGACGGCCGAUGGCGUCAGUCUACCCCGUUCCACGCUGUACAACCAUUACAUACAGCAUUGCAACGAGAACAAAUUGGAGCCGGUGAAUGCCGCCAGUUUCGGCAAACUAAUUCGUUCGGUGUUCUCUGGCUUGCGUACACGUCGUCUAGGCACACGCGGCAAUUCCAAAUAUCACUAUUAUGGCAUACGCAUCAAACCGGACUCGAUACUGAAUCACAUGAUGGACGAGAAGCCGACCUAUUCAACACAUUCCGGCAAUGGUGUAUCGGCCGGCAUCGGCGGACAUUCGACGGCCAGCGGCGGUGUAGUGUCCACCAGUGGAGCCGGCGGCGGUGGAGGCAGUGGCAAUAUGCCGCAUAACGGCAAUCGCAAUCUGAAGAAGAUGAGUUUCAAGCCGGAAUCCUACGAAACUUGUGCACAGUAUUUGGGCGAUGGCGCUGGCGCGAUUCCCUCAUUUCCCGCCAUCGAAUUGAAUCACACGUACAGCAGUGAGCUCACGCAUGAGGAUGUGGAGACCUUUCGCGCCAUGUAUCGCGAGCACUGCGAAUCCUUUUUGGAUGCUGUGCUGAACCUGGAGUUCAGUACCAUUGAGUAUUUGUGGCGUGACUUUUGGCGUGCCAACGACAACAACAAUUUGGAGGAAUGCGAGGAGGAGAAGUAUCUGAGCAAGACGAAACUAUAUCUGCUGUGCCACUGCGCAGAAGUGCAAAAGUUUAUCAAAGAGGUUGACUAUCAGUUCUACCAGAAUAUGGUCGAUGUAAUCAUUCCGGAUGUGCUGCGCUCCAUACCGAAUGCUCUCACACAAGCCAUACGCAAUUUCGCUAAAAACCUGGAGCUUUGGUUGUGCGAAUCCAUGGUCGGCGUGCCCGAUCGCUUGGUACAAAUGAAAUCGGCCGCGGUGUCAGCAUUUUGCCAGACUCUACGGCGCUACACCUCGCUCAAUCAUUUGGCGCAAGCAGCGCGUGCCGUCCUCCAAAAUAGUUCGCAAAUAACACAAAUGCUGAACGACUUAAAUCGCGUGGACUUCCAUAAUGUUCAGGAACAAGCCGCCUGGGUAUGUCAAUGUGAGCCGGCGGUAGUGCAACGUUUAGAGAACGAUUUCAAGUCGGCGCUCCAACAGCAAAGCUCCUUGGAACAAUGGGCCUCGUGGCUGCAACUGGUCGUUGAUUCUGCCUUGCAGGAGUAUCGUGGCAAGCCCUCAUACGCCAAGGCAGCGCGCCAAUUCCUACUCAAAUGGAGCUUCUACAGCUCCAUGGUUAUACGUGACCUGACACUACGAUCCGCUUCCAGUUUCGGUAGUUUUCAUUUGAUACGUCUACUCUACGAUGAGUACAUGUUUUACCUGGUCGAGCACAAAAUAGCCGAGGCGCAACAAAAGACCGCCAUUGAGGUUAUCUGCGAUCGCAUGCACAAGGAUAUUGACUUCGAGUUUGACUACCAGUUGGAGUUUAUCAGCGAGAGCCACGAACAACAGCAGCAACAACAGCAUAAUACAGUGAACAUCAACGCCACUUCCUCGGUCGGCAAUCCAGCGAAGCGUUUGAAGCACGAAUGAGUAAGUGCUGUGGUAGAAGUGCAGAGCGUACACCGAACGACACCCAGCAGUAUUCAAUGCAACGAUGUUGGUGUGCUGCAGGCAAAGUUCGCCGAGUAUCUUUGCUUGCUGGCAUCAUUAUAGUGGUAGUAGUAGUAGUUGUAGUCCAUAUACACGUAAGUUAGCCAUAGCUACCAGAAACGCCAUUGAAGCACCAAAAAUAUUUGUAAUGUAAGAAUGCAAAAAUAUACAUAUGUAUCGCGUAUGCAAGCGUGUGUGCGACAAACAGCACGAAUCGAUUUCCAAGCAUUUAAAGAAACAUUAAAAUAAUACAUAUAUACAAAUUAAGAAACUAAUAUUAACAAAAAAUUUUAAUUUUUAGGUUAUUUUUUUCACGCAUGUUUUUUUUUGUUUUUGUUUUUUAAAUAGUAGGCAAACAAUUUGUAAUUGCCACCAAAUAGUGUUAAGCCGUCCAUAUGCAGAAUAUUAUCGUACGCGCCCCGUUUAUGCGCCGUUAGCGCGUGUGCUUGUGGGUGCUGAUUGAUUAAUUGUGUGUAAAGUUGUUUUUCAAGAAUUCGUACAAUACGUAAAGAAUAUAUAACUAUGCAAAUAAUUGUCAUGUUUAGGUGUCAAUAACAUAAUAUAUGGUAUAUAUAUAUAUAUCUAUGCUUGUAUGUAUAGUUGUUGCUUUUUAUGCAGAUACAUAUUUAUGUAUGUAUGAAUGUAUGUAUAAAAUAUCAUCUAGUGUCAGUUUUGUAAGGUUUCACGUGGAAUGUAUGCCAUUUGUUUCCCGAUGGAAUAUGAAAUGUCCAACACUUGGGUGGGCUUCCGCUUCCGCUCAAAAACGUUAUAUUCCCAGAAAACAAGCCGGCGUCUUAAAUUAACUACACGCUUUUGCUUGUAAGCACUUAUUCACGUUGUGGAUUAAGGAGCACAGCGUGGAAAGCAUAAAAAUGAAAAUAAGACAACUCAAAUAAGUGUAAAUAUUUUUUUUUUCUUUUUGUAAAAAAGCCGUAAAAUUUGUUAAGUAGCUAUUUUUAGAGUUUUUAACCUUUUCCAAUUUUUGUUUUCGCUUUAAAAAAUUUCGCAGUGCCAGUGAAGUAAUGCAUAUAUCCUAUUUAUAAUUUACAUUUUAUUUGGGUGCCAUUGUUUUGAUAUUUUUUUUUAGUUUUCAUAUAUGAAAUAACACAAGUUGAAAAAAAAUCUUGAGGCCAUUUCCACUAGACUAUACCGGCGUUUGGCUAUCAGCAUUUGUUUUGAUUUUUUUUUUAUAACAGUAAAGCAUUACAUUAUUCUAAAGCACUUUGGGGGCCCGAGAAUAUACGUAUCACUUGGAUUAGCCGCUUCAUAAUGCUGCUAUAUCGUCUAUAUUUUAGAAAAUUAUAUACAAAAUUAGAAACUUUGUAUAUUUUUAAAUAUGUUAGGUUAUGUACGACUUCGAAUAGGAUAUAUCAGAGACAGUUUCUUGUAUGAUAAAGUAUCCAGAGUAUUAAAGUGGUCGCCUAGUAUAUACAAAAUGAAAAAUUUCUUAUGACUUGUGACUUACCGAUCAAAACAGAUUUAGAACGCUGAAAAAAUAGCCCUUGGUCGAAUAAAAUACGGCUAAAUUCCGGUAUCAUAGAACCAGCUGUUGUGAAAAUUUUUUGAAAAUUUCUAUAUUGAGAAAAAUCAGCUCAGUCUUAAAUUUCGAAUAUACUUUCGAGAAUAUAUCAUAACCAAUGGCUUAAAUUAAAUAUAAAUAUUUCGAAUUCCGAAUCUAUUUAAUUAUAUGUAAAAAUUAUUUUUAGCUUCAACAUAUAACAGUAUUUAUAUUUACGUAUCCCAGUAAUAUAUUUACAUACAUUCUAAAUAAAUUUUGGAAAAUUAAAAGCCUCAAAAUUUUCAUGCAACGACUUAAUUUAGUAAAUUAGCAAAUUGUAGAAGAUAUAGUACAAUCGGUAUAACCUUUACUACUGUUUUCAAUUGAACUAAAAAUUAUUUUCCAAAUUUUAGGUUAUGAAUUUUUAUUUUAUUUUUUUUAAUUUCGAAUAUUAAAAGUAAUUUUAUUUCUAAAUUUAUAAUGUCAUUCCAAAAAACCUGGUAUUAUAUUAAAAAAUAUAUAUAUUUAAUAAAAUUAAUUAUUUUGCUUUGCUUAACUCUUAAUUAGUCACAACCCUUGUAAGAAUUAUAUUCAAAUCAUAAUUUAUAAAACGAAUUUUAAAUUCAUUAGUAUUCUAGCGCUUCAUUUACCAGUUUGCUAGUCAGCUACGCAAUUUCAAAACUGUUUUAAUUAAUUUUUUUAUUUUUAAAUUGUCAAAUGUGUCACCUUGCAUUUAAACACUUUACAUAAAAUAAAUGCACAACAGAUAAAUAAAUUUAUUUUCUACUGGAGAACUUAUUUGUGAGUAACUUAAGUAAAUGUGAAAAAAAAACAAUUUUUAUAAAAACAAAAAUAAAUAAAUAUUGUAGCAACAAUAAAAUAUAUUUUACAAAAAACAAAAUAAAAGAAUUCUUAACAACGCAUACAAUGUUUCAUGUACAAAUGUGAAUCGAGUAUUUUUAUAAGAAACUUAAUGAAAACAAAAUGAAAUAUAAAUACCAAACAGCACAAAGGAAUACUAUAAAACUAUAUUGUUCAGCGCAUAGCCAAUAAUAAUAAUUUCGUAAUUGCUCAAAAACUCUAUGAAUAUAAUUGUUAAAUGUAUAUUUUAUAAUAAACGCAAUAAACAUUCCAAUGCUCAAACCUUCAUUGUAUUAAAUAUGCGUAUAUGUGUAUGUGUAUGUGUGUGCCUACAUACAUACAUACAUUACCUAUAUCAUAUAUAUAAAAAAAUAUCGGUACAAAAAUGUGGCGCAAUUCGUUUGACUACAGCGCAUAUAUGCAGAAUUGGUUGUUAAAAUUAAGCAAAUAUGCUACAAACUAUAUUUUUAAGCAAUGUGAGUAUAUACAAAUUAAAAAAAAAAAAACAAAAACAUUUCGAUGUGUCUAACUAUAAAACCUUGAAAAAAUCACACUUUUGGAAAUCAAAUUAUUUACUAUGACUCUAAAUUCAUGUAAUGCAAAAUAAAGAAAUACAAAAUAUA